AUGGGUACUAUCAUAAAAAGGGAAGAUUCGAGUUUCAUGAUGUGGACAUCGAGGGAGACCCCUAUGCUAUUGGGCUAUUACCACGACAAGAGGAAUGGCAUUAUGAAUGUCCUAAUCAGUGUAUUUGACUUUCAAAAUGAUUUCGACCCCAAAUUUAUUGCCAAAGAGUUGAGUGCUUUAGGUAUCAGUGAAUUGAUUGAAGAGGAAAGACACGAACAAUGGGGACAUUUGGUCGGUUCGGUUCAGUUUGACAAUCAAUUGAGUAAAGAUGUGUUUUUAUGGGGAAAUAAAUUCAAACAAUACCUCAACAGUUGGGACAACCGAAAGGCGGUCAGAAUUUAUGGCUUCUCGUGUAAGAGCUUUGCUUUUCAUGUCGGCGCCGUACGAUCUCUACAUAAUUAUCGGUUUAGAUAUGGCUAUGCAGUGGAUGUCAGUGUGAGUGGAGGCAAAGGCGCUUCAUUGGCAUCUCUCAUGCAAUUGUCCGGCAAUUGUGAGACACAGUUUGUGGCAGUGGAUGUCAGUGUGAGUGGAGGCAAAGGCGCUUCAUUGGCAUCUCUCAUGCAAUUGUCCGGCAAUUGUGAGACACAGUCUGAAAGAAGAGAAUUAUUGCAAAAGUGUUGCCAAGAAGUGAGUGAAAAGUUUGCAAAACAAGAAUUACCGCAACUUAUAAGAGAAGAAAUUGAGACAAAUUUGUUAACAAUUUUCGGAGAAAACUUUGAAUCAAUUCGUUUUGCCGUCCGUUCGUCGGCCUUAAGCGAAGACUCGGAAGAGAUGUCAUCCGCCGGACAAAUGACCACAAUUUUAGGCGUUAAAGGCAUUGAAGACAUUAGUAAUGCUGUUAUGAAGUGCUGGUCGUCUCAGUUUGAAUUCGUUGCCGUCGAGUAUAAGAGAGGGUACGGACAGGAAAUUAAUAGUCCGAUGGCUGUUGUCAUACAAGAGAUGAUUGACUGUCAGGCGGCGGGAGUUAUCUUGACAUGUGAUCCACUGUCUGGUGACGAACGCAAUGUUGUUAUAACUGGUAAUUAUGGGAUCGGAGAGAGUGUAGUGUCAGCCGCUGCAGAGCCCGACACUAUCAGACUUAAUGUCCAAAUUGAGUCCAAUUCACUGCUUCAUAAGAGAAACAUUACCGGAAUUGAAAGCAUAGAAAUCGGAUCCAAAUUGAAGUCAAUUAUAUUGAACGAUAAUAACGAGAGCGGAACUAUUGAAGUGAAUACAGUUAAUAGCGAUGAAUGCUGUUUAAGUGACUCCCAGUGCACAACAUUGGGUGAAGUAUCGCUAGAAGUGCAUCGGUUUUAUGGCAAUCCUCGGGAUAUUGAAUGGGGAAUAAGAGACAACGAGAUAUAUUUAUUGCAAUCCCGACCCAUCACUCAUUUGAACAAUUGGUCGGAUUGGGAGGCAAUGCAUGAAAUGGAUUCCGGACAGCAGUCGGAGAGUGAAUACUUUUCGAGGGCUAAUUUGGGUGAAGUAUUUCCGGGCGCCACCUCUCACUUAGGCCUGUCUUGGAUUUUGACCGUUUGGAAUGCUAAUGGAUUCGUGAGUCCAUUCCCGUCCAGUCCCGUCCAGUCCCGUCCAGGCACUUUCCCAUUUGUUGGCGAUGCGAGGUCUAGAAUAUCAAAGUGCAUUCAGAUCGGAAUGUUUGGUCACGAGUUUGGCGAUGAAUACAAUGAACUUAUAGCCGAUUCUAAUGAAAAGGCGCCCAAAAAGUCAAUGCCGUUAACAACGAAAAUCUGGAUAUUCUUGGGUUCAUUCAAAUACUUUCUGACCCCAGGAGUCACUAUAAGAGAAGCGCAGAAAGGGCUCAAAAACUUUGAUAUAUUUGAGGGAAGAAUUGCUUUUACAGCGAAAGACGUAUUCAAGACAUUACUAGAAACGGCUCAUUUGCAGGCACAGAUGGCCUACGCUCACGGAAAGGCUACUAUUUGUUCAAUGGUUUAUAAUGUGGUUCUUCUCGAUAUUCUAAAGAAGAGUAAUAAUGAUAAUAACGAAGUUUCGUGCGCUAAUCAGGUGGUGAGCGCUCAGGUACCUAAUCUGCUCAGAGAUAUUGCAAUCUCUAUUGAAAAUAGACAACAAUUUCGACAAUUGAGUGAUGAAAGGGCUCUCAAAUAUUUACUCCAUUCGGACACAACAGCGUCCAUCAAGUUUAAGAAGUUUUUGUUAGAAUACGGUCACAGAGGGUACAAAGAGUUUGAUCCGAUGGCACUCCAAUGGGCAGACAAUCCUAUCUCGGUGGUUAAAUCGCUCAAAACAAUGUUAAUCGGCGACCGGACUCUGGGGCUAAAGAUAUCCAAAACAAUCGAUGAAACGAUUUCGUCGUUGAAAACACGGCUCACUUUCUCCAAGAAACUACUGCUUAAGUAUCUGUUGAUCCCGUGGUGUCAGAGCGGUAUCAGUCUUAGGGAACAGAGCAAGCAUUAUAUGACGAAGAAUGUCAACCAUUAUAGGCGAGGGUUUUGGCGUUUGGCUAAACUUAUGGUAUCCGAGGGUAGACUACCGGAGCCUGAUUUACUAUUCCAUAUGACUUUACCAGAAGUGGACGCUUUACUCAAUGAAAGAAUGUCAACCAUUAUAGGCGAGGAAGUGGACGCUUUACUCAAUGAAAGGGAUCCCACUAUUAUAGGCAGAGCUAGACUCAGAAGGAAAGUGCACUCAAUUCAAGAGAAGUUUAAAUUUGAUGAAACAAGUAUUGGACCAAAUAUGAGACCCAGAAAUGAUAAUCUAGAUUCUGGAAACAUUGUGUUAAGCGAAGGGGUCGCCAGAAUUAAAGGAACGCCAGUCAGUGCCGGCAAAAUAAGAGGUCGAUGUUGUGUAGCCAUGAGUUUAGAUGAGGCACAGAAUAUUCAGGUUGUGAAUGGAGAUAUACUCAUCACUUAUAGCACAGACAUCGGUUGGAGUCCUUACUUCCCAAUGCUGUCGGGUUUGGCCACCGAAAUAGGAGGUCUUAUAUCGCACGGUGCGGUCAUAGCCAGGGAAUAUGGGUUGCCGUGUUUGGUGGGCGUGGGGGGCGCCCACAGACUCUUUCAAACUGGAGAUGAAGUUGUGAUCGACACAGAAAUUGGAGAGAUUUAUAAAAUAGAUUAACUUUUUUCUUUAGAAACAAUUUCAUAUUUAUUAAAAAGUAAAUUAAUGUAACAAAAAUUGAUUAUAAAACUUAUUGAUAACCCAUUUUGUAGAUAUUAAAGCAUUUUAAAUGGAAGUAUUUAAAAAUGAA